GGUGUCGUGUGCAUACGUAAGCUAUAUACAGUCAAGUCAGUUUGACUUCACACCAACAUGCCACCUUCAUCACUGGAAGUACCUUGCCGUCAGUCUGCUCGACUCAAAGCUCUGCCUCAGAAGACGUUCAACGAUGAAUCCGACGAUGAGCCUCAGGAAACAAGAAGGCGGAAGAGAGGGGUGAAGCGUCUCAAGAAAGAACAGGACGAUUCAGAACCACAAUUGAGGGGGAAAUGCACAAAGAUUGUCAAACCUAGACGCGGAAGGCUGAGUUUACUUCCAACUAUGCCCCUGGAUAUUCUUUAUAUGAUAUUCAGUUAUCUUCCACCCAAAUCUUUACUGGCGCUCACCCAAAUGAACCACGUCUUUCGCAAAACAUUACUCUCUCCCGGCACCACUUUCAUCUGGACUGGAGUCCGUAGAUCAUGCAAGGCCCCCGACCCAUUUCCUGGGAUGCCCGAGGUCAAUUGGGCACGAUUAUUGUUCGGGAGUACUCAUUGUCAGGAAUGUGGGCACAAGGGGGUACAAACCAUCAGUUUUAUUCUCCAGAAACGGAUCUGUUGUGCAUGUGUGAAGAACACUGGGCUGACCAAGAAUCGAUUCAAGCAUCGUUAUCCUGGAGUAGACAAGAGCGUCCUGGAUCUAAUCAUACCUACGGAUGGUGGUCAAAGAAAUGGUCACACCAGUUACUACAGCACAAGUGAAAUCGACCGUGUCUUGGCACGUAUCAAUACAUGUCGCAACCCAGAAGAGGUCGAGCAAUACAAAAAGGAGCGUAAGGACUAUCUCGAGCGUCUCAAAGUGCAUGACCGGGCUUGCAAGGAUUGGGUGUACGCCGACUAUGCUAGACAGGUGGAAGAUGUAGUCAACGUACGCGCGGCUCGUUUUGGAGCUGUCAAAUAUCGCCUUGUUGCGAUGGGCUACACAGAUAAGGACAUUGAGGGAGUCAGAGACCAUCCACAUGUUUCAAAGGAUAAACUCCUCACCGAUCAUGGUUGGUCCAUGAUCAAGAAAGAAGUUACGAAAGCGGUGAUGUACUAUCGAGUACUUCGCCUGUUGGAGGAAAAGACAGACGCCACUACUUCACGCUGCCGAUUAAUCGCCCAAGCUUACGCCGACUAUAAGAAAUCUCUGCAGCCAGAAGAAUGGUCCCUUCUUCCGUGUAUAGAGGCUGUCUGGCUUCUCCCCUCGAUGGCGGCUGUACUCGCACUACCCGACAACGUCUCCGUAACAGAGAGUGACCUGGUUGGACCAGCAGGUUCGCUACCAGAGGAAACGAGAGCUGAAAUCGACAAGCUAAAAAGCGUUAUCAUUUUCGAAUAUCGUUUUUGUGACGCGAGUUGGUCCUUUCAACCCUACCGUCCAUACGGAGGCAUAGAGUUGACCGAGUUCCACCGUGGUGUUGCCGGCGAUCGUUUGUGGUCGGACCCGGCUACUGUACAAGCACGAUGUGAUUUUUGCAGCGCUCUUUUGACCUCUGUGCUUACCCUCCUCCGCCAUCUGACUGGCCCUUGCAAGAUCCUUAAGGCUCGAGCUGGGCAGUCCGUCUUUCGGUUUGGCUUUGGUAUAUCGUACUCUCGUGCAUCAGCAUGUCUAGUGUGGGCUACGGGCUUGGAUCUUACCACAGCGACAGCACAUGAGAUGGACGACCGAGGUGCUUUUUAUCAUUGCUUAAAGUGUCCAACCAGUCCACAGCCGUUUGUUGGAACAUGGCGAGAAUGUGUCGUCCACGCAUUUGAUCGACUUCCCGAUCAAUGCUCCACCCACAAUGACUUCAACCAAAGCAUAAAUGAUCCAAUCUUUAAAGUUGCGGACGGCCAAUGGUCGGAUUCAAGAAGUUGUUGGGCGUGUAAUCAUUGCAAUGCGCAUAUUCAGGAGCUUGGAACGAGGCAAUGCGUUGUAGCGCACCUUCGGGAUCAGUAAGUUGGGGUUUUCUUUUUUCCGGUUAAUGGGAUGAGGGUGGUUCUCAGGUACAACUUUUCCUUCUCUAGACACGGUAUAACAGAUGCCCAUGUUCCAGAAGACUUUUUCUACGCGGCAUAUUCGUAACAUUCAUAAUAAACGGUGACACAGGCACCGGCUUGUUCGAUAAUCUGUUGGAAACCCAUCUGAACAUGUUCAUACCCCAGCGGUGAUAAUUAUUAUAGCACUUCUGAGGCACGGAGGAUAUCCAUUAUAGCGUGAAAACGACCGAAACUUUGUAACAGGUACGCUGUUAACCACUCGCAAUGAUCAACUUGUCAUGGAAUCCCUCCC